UAUUCUCCCCCGCUGGCCAGGUGUAGGUGCAAUUAGAUUGCUGAUUUAUGGUUAAGUGCUUGGGAUAAAUCUGGCUUCUCAUGUAAUGAGAGAUAUUUAUGGUCUACAGUAAGGCCUUAUCACAAUAAAAAAAAAAGAGAGAAAGUGAUAGUAAGUUGAAAGGAUUUGCUUUAAGAGAUAUAGCUGAGCAAUUUGGAGCACCCUGCAGUAAAUCUCAUGCCUUUAAUAAAUGUCUGUGCUAACAACAGAUAGAGUGCUCCUCCGAUGGUCUGCUUUCCUUCUUUUCCUCACUCCCUCAUAGGAAAGCCUGCACAUUCCUGUCCUUGUAUGAGUUUCUCCAGACAGGAGUGCUGGCCCGUGUCAGUGGCAGGGCACAAAUGCCAUGAGGGGUUCAGACCUCUGAGGGGUCAGACCUCUUUCCUUGAUAAAUGUUAAUUGAAGGCUACUAUAUAUAAUGAUAGACCUAUGCAUUUUCUCAGAAUAUUUUGCUAUUUUGUUUAAUUAUAUGAUAGACUAGUUUAUUAUGUACCUUCUUUCCCAUUCCCCCUCCUUGUUUUAAGCAUUUGAACUUCUUACCCCUGUGAGAAAUCAUAAGUGGAAAUAUUUCUCACUCAUUGACAGAGAUAAUUUGGUUAAAAUAAAUAGAUGCUUCCCAGUUUUCUCACACUUCUUCCUCUUGGUGUUACAAGAUGUCUAACUUCCUUUAUCUCCAGGGUGACAGUGAAGAAGUGCUCAUUGGUUCAGUUCUCUGAGGGCUAAAUACCAAAAAGCCAAAGUAAGGACCUUCAGAUUGGAUUAGGGACCACAGUAUGUGAUCCCCAAAGACUUGAUUGGUCCUAUCCCUAAUUCUUUCUAAGAUAGAACAUAGGCCAGCUUCCUGCCUGUGUCCUGGAGGUUUUGUUCAGGAUAUGGCUUAUGAAAGCCCUGUGCUUUUAACAAGGUGAGCAUACGGAUUCUUGGAAACAUGAAUGAGAUAACAUUUACAUCUGUGCAACAUUAUUUGUAGGAAAUUAUUAUACGUAAGAAUAUCGGGCUGAUCUUAACAUAAAGGUCUGUAGAAUAUAAUACCCAUUUUACAUAGACUAGCUUUCAUUUUAAUGGGAAGAAGGCUGUAUUCAUUAAUGAGCUAGAUGGUGAAAACCAAACUUGGCUCCAAAAGUUAGGAGAGUUGAAUAGAAGUUUUCAAAAGUAAGUAAUGCCUUUGCCGUUGGGGAAGAUGAUGUAAUUGCUAGAAGAGAGGUUGAAAGUAUAAAAGUAGCUGGAAGUAUAACUUGAUUUUUUUCCUUUCUGGUACUGGGAAGGAACAUGAGCUGUGCAACGUCCAGUAGCAGCCUUCUCAGAGAAGCAAGUGUGGCUGAUUACAAAUAACCAGUUGCUUAUUUAUCAUGAAUUGUGGAGGACACAAAUGUCAGCUUGCCCAUGCGAUCGUGCCUGGAGCACUCUGGUUUCCAGGUGACAGACACGAUUCACGAGGUCCUGUAAUAAAGAGGGAUCCGAACAAGCUCAGAAAGAAAAUGAAUUUCAAGGGACUGAGGCGAUGGUUCUGGAGAGUGUUAUGUUUGCCAUUCUCGCAGAGAGGUCACUUGGACCCAAACUCUAUGGCAUCUUCCCCCAGGGCCGGCUGGAGCAGUUCAUCCCGAGUCGGCGCUUAGAUACUGAAGAAUUAAGGUUGCCAGAUAUUUCUGCAGAGAUAGCUGAGAAAAUGGCUACAUUUCAUGGCAUGAAAAUGCCAUUCAAUAAGGAACCCAAAUGGCUUUUUGGAACAAUGGAAAAAUACCUAAAUCAAGUGCUGAGAAUUACAUUUACCGGGGAGUCCAGAAUGAAACAGCUGCAGAAGUUCCUCAGUUACAACCUGCCUCUGGAACUGGAGAACCUGAGGUCAUUGCUCGAAUCUACUCCAUCUCCAGUUGUAUUUUGUCACAAUGAUUGUCAAGAAGGUAAUGUCUUACUGCUCGAAGGCCAAGAGAAUUCUGAAAAGCAGAAGCUGAUGCUCAUUGACUUUGAAUACAGCAGCUAUAAUUACAGGGGAUUCGACAUUGGGAAUCAUUUCUGUGAAUGGAUGUACGAUUACAGCUAUGAAAAAUACCCCUUUUUCAAAGCAAACAUUCAGAAGUAUCCUACCAGGAGGCAACAGCUCCAUUUUAUUUCCAGUUACUUGACAACAUUCCAAAGUGAUUUUGAAAAGCUCAGUAGCGAAGAACAAUCCUUUAUUGAAGAGGAAAUGUUGCUUGAAGUCAACAGGUUUGCCCUCGCCUCCCAUUUCUUCUGGGGACUUUGGUCCAUUGUACAGGCCAAGAUUUCCUCCAUUGAGUUUGGGUACAUGGACUAUGCACAAGCCAGGUUCGAUGCCUACUUUGACCAGAAGAGGAAGCUCGGGGUGUGACUGGGGAGGACUCUACCCCUCACCACUGGACUGCGGGAGGCGGCCAGGCCGGACCCUCUGUACUGCACCAUGGCACUGGGCACAAGGGCCUCGGACGUCUCACUCACUGCGCACAGAUGUGUAUGAUACUAAAGACUGUAUUAAAGUGGAGUAACAUUUCUUCCCUAUCUUGUUUACGAUCUCACUAGGAAGCAGAAAUAUAGUGCAAUAUCUCAGACCCUUCCACCUAGAGGAAGGGGGUGUUUUAUGUUCUGGGCUAAGGUGUCCAGCCUAACACGGCCCACACAGCACGUCAGCAGUGUCACCACGGAUUGACACUGAUUGACACUUCCCAUGCCGGAGCACAUGGCCCCGGCCCUUAGUAUGUGCUGAUGUGUUCGACAGCUGCUUCGGUCCUGAGGACAGGAGCUAGCAGACAUACUGUGAAGAGGCUCUGCCGGUGGCUGCAGCCGUGCGGGGUCUGCGCCUUGCAAGUCUGGGAGCUGCAGGGGCAGUGCUGGCCCGUGGUGCCUGGAAGCCCUGGCCUGCUCUGCCCGCCUAAGGCAGUGCUUUGAGCUCCAGCUUCUGGCAUCACGGGCUCCCCAGGGAGUGGGUACUAUGGCCAAGGCCCCAGACAUUCUGGCCUUCCUCUGCCCGCGCCACAGCUGGCUUCUCAGGAUCUUGCCUAGGACACCCUGCCGUGUUCACUGCUGCCGGCCUUCCCUGAGAGGGGCCAGCCUUCCUGGCCUCACCCGCCCCUGCCUCUGGCACCGCUGUGGGACACAGCAGCCUGGGGUGGGCACGGGUGGGCGAGAGCUGUGAAAUCCCUGUAUAUUGAAUGUCCAAUGGGAACAUUUUUACCUUUUUUUUUAAACUCUAAACUCUUUGUGUUGUUGUUGUUUUUUUUUCUUUUGUGCAUAUAUUUCUGCUACCAGGGACUGUACUAUACAGAUAAAUAAAGAGUUAAAACCUGA